ACUGACUGAUGAUAAUCUUUGUUGUUCAAAAAGCCUAUCAUCUGGGUCAGGAGGAGACAGACUGGUUUGAGAAGCCAAGGGAGGCUCGCUCCAACCGCUCCAGACACCAUGGGAGCGCAGGGCACAUCUCCACUGGUAGACAACAGACCGGCGCCAACGUGAAGCACACCUACCAUGACUAUGAUGAGCCUCCUGAAGAACAGGACCUGUGGCCUCAGGACGAGUACAACAACCAACCUCGCCACCCCUCGUCCACCUCAUCAUCCCGCGACCACCGUGGUCACCAAGGCAGCAGCGGCGGCAGCUCGGGGAGGCAUUCCUCUUCCCGCCACUCCGGCGAGGAGCCUCGGACGUCCAGCCGCUCCUCCAGAACACACCCCAAAGACCAAUCCGCCCGCUCUGAGGGCCGUGGAUCCUCCUCCACCCAGAAGAGGGGAGGCUCGGAACCACGCUCCUCCCGGGAUGGCUACCGGGACCGGGACUCUGGAGACUACUCCUCUCGUGACCCGGCCUCCGGCCACCACCGCGAGGGCACCAGUGGCAGGGGUCAGAAGCCGCCAGGCUCGUCCUCCAGGAGACAGGAAGGGGUUCCUUCUGCAGGGGCCAAGCAGGGUCUGGGGCAACAGCCCCAGGGGGGUCCAGGCGGGCAGCAGCAACAGCCCCAGGGGAGUCCAGGCGGGCAGCAGCAACAGCCCCAGGGGGGUCCAGGCGGGCAGCAGCAACAGCCCCAGGGGGGUCCAGGCGGGCAGCAACAACAGCCCCAGGGGGGUCCAGGCGGGCAGCAGCAACAGCCCCUGUCAGGCAGACAACCUGGAUCCCAAGGGCCAGACGGGGGCCAACCGGCCCAGCAGCAGCAACGUACCCAGCAGCAGCAGCCUCCACAGCAGAGCCAGCCUUCCCAGACCAUAGCCGGGGGCCCUCAGGCCACUCCAGUCACUGCAGGCCCAGGACCCAUAGCAGGACCAGGGCCGGCACAACAGCAGGCUAAACCUGGCCAGACUCCGGCACAAGGCCGGCAGCCAGCCGGACCUACCGCAGGCCAGCCAACAACCACAGCCGUGACUUCUGCCACACCUGCAGCAGCUAUUGGGGGGAUGAAACCUGCAGCAACGAUUGGGGGGGCAGCAGCAGCACAGCCACCCAAGACAGCUACACCACCCCUCACAGGCAUCGGCUCUAAAGCAACCCCCCCUGGAGGGAUAGGUAGCCGGCCUGGUGGGAUCGGCAUUGCAGUGGCAGGUCAGCCCCCAGCAGAGGGCGUCAACGUUCUCACCAAUAUCCUGGGAGGGGCGGGAGGCGCAGCUGAACAGGCGGGGAAACUGGGAGAUGCUAUUUCUGGCCUCGGGAAGAAGUUCACUUCAUUUUGGUGAAUGGAAGAAAGGAGGGGUAUGAGGAGUUACGAUGGAGGGGGAUUGGAGGCUUGGUACUAGAAAAAUCUAUGAAACUGUUUUCCGCAUUUUAUACAUUUCACUAUCACAAUGAAGCGGAGAAGGAGGAGGAGGGUACCUGAGUGCAUCAAUGCACCAGCAGAAUGCCAACGAGAGCCUACCUCACAGCUCCCGUAGGAGAGGGAAUGAAGAUACAAUCCUGUCUGUCUCACCUCCCUGUUUGUCUCUCUGCUUACUGAGAGAAAUAACACCUGAUCCAGGAACAGAACAGGGAGCUGUCACACCGUAGGCUUGGCUUCCGCAUCACUCAGCUCAGAAGGACAACAACGGAGGAUGCUGCUUCUUCACCUAAAUCUCUGUCAUCUUGGAGAGCACACUGAGUUUCAUCAGAGCUCUCCCAUCACUUGCUGUGGUUCUGUGAUUGUAAGACAAGGCCAGAUGGGAGCCAUUGUAGAAGGAAAUGUCACAUCUGGUCAAAAGUAGUGCACUAUAUAGGGAAUAGGGUGGCAUUUGUAAUGCAGACUCUGAGGAGUCCACAUCUGACCAGAAUCAUUCACGACUCCACACUUUUGUGGUCAGAGGGCCUUAUAACACCAUCACCAUUAUAACACAGUGGAGGAGGGAGAUAGAUACACAGCUCAUAGGUUUUACUAGUACCAAAGAGACCUCUGCCAACUAUGACACUAACUACUACACUGGAGAAGGCAAGACAAACAAACGGCGACAGACAAACAAACAAACAAUGCCCUGGUUAUGAACCACUUGAAUGCUUGGUUUCUAUGAUCUCUACAUUCCAGGGAACGAUGACCCUUUCUUUGAAUGUGUUUUUAUUUCUCCUCCACAUGUUGUGAUGAUAUGAUGUCUACAGAAUGCAACAUGUACAUGUGGACACUGGAAUGCACGCACAAUGAUAAUUAAAAAAGAAACCCAUAUCUUCUUAACACUUUUUCACCACUACGUCCAGAAGAGGGUUCACCAGACAUUACUAGACGAGUAGGAUAAAGAGAGGAGAAGCUACCAGUGUGCCCACCAUAGAGUGUGAGAUCCACACAGGAGAGAGGACCAGAUGGAACGCAAGCAAGCGUGACCAUGGCUGUCUUUUAGCCAUCGCAAAGCCAUCACUUGUCAAUCCCAGAGCACUUUGGGAUUUCUUUUUUUUUUUUAUAUAUAUAUAUAAAGUAUUUUCAUCUUGUUUAAUUUCUUAUCAUUUUUGCCUGAUAUUAUUCUGAAAAGAAGAGCCUUAUUCGGUACAUAUUUUUUACUUGUAUACCUCAUAUGUUUUGAAAAGUCCAUGUCAUACCUUUCUUAAUUUCGUUUUGCACAACUGUAUACUUUUGUAUGUACAUAAAUCUAUCGAGAACACUGAUAAUGUAAAUGAUUAAUUUGUGUUUUUAUUCAUUUAUAUUCAUGUGACUUCAAUUUUUAUGUUUUUGUUUGGUAAAUCUAUUUAUAUUUUAUGGUCUAUUGUUUUCUUAUUUAUUAUCUUCCAUUUGUUAAUAAUCUUCUGGUUGAUUUAAAGCAAUAGCAUGCAUAAAAUGAUAUACAGCACAUUGGUGUUAAUGUUGUUUAAAUUCAUGGAUGGGAAUAUCUGAAACAUGUUGAUAAACAUCAGUAAUAUGUCAGAGAGAGUUGCACAACUACACAUACACACCUAAAUCUCUAUGUUUACACUUACUCACACAGAGACAUACAUGCGAUCAAGCAAACAAACACACAUGCAGGAGUGGCUGGAAGCAAUCAUAAUUAAUGUUCUAUGCAAUGAUUCAUUUUGAAACUGGAACAGACAAAAAACAAAGUUUAAUACCAUAAUGACCAAUGUUACUCACUAGAAUCCAACAACAUUGUGAACUGAAAGAUAUCAAAAACCGUUAUGAACAUAUUUGUACUUUGCUAAUUGUAUUUAUGGAUCUGAAUAUUUAACUAUUGAAUGUAGACUUUUAUUUUCGUGGCAUGUUUUAUAGUACCCCAUUACUCCCCAUAUGGGGGGACUUGUUGCCAAAGGGUUGACUGUGUAGACUGUCAGUCAUGAAUGUCCAUCUUAAUGCUUGAAGCAUGAUUUGCUUGGCUUUGUCCGGCUGUUUGUAUGCUCUCAUUCAGUCCUGGUGUGUGUGUGGCUUGACCAGGGCCCCACUGUGCCAUGGCGUGUUCAGCUGUCCAGUCCGUGCUGCUUUACAAACCUGUGAGGCGGUUGGUCAGGAAUUCUCAUUAUAAAAUGUCAUUCAGUGUGCGCAUCGGCUGUCAGUAUAUAACCUGAAGGGUGGAGGAUUCAUUUCAGGUAUCUGAUUGGUUGAUCAGACUGUACAACAAAUAGAAUGGUUCCUUAUGUCUCUCUGCAUUAGGAAUGGCAUCAUGUAGUAAUAGAUUAUGAGGGAAACAACUUGAUGUGCUUUGAAGCCACUAAAAGUUGCAUACAAAGAACAACAUCAAGGUAUCAUUAGUAGUUGGAGGAACAAAUGGGAGAAAUCCUAACCUAAAAAUCCUAACCUAGUCAUGCAUUGCAUUUUAAGUUGAAGUUAGGAUUCACACUUAAAUGAACAGUCUAGAACUCAAUCAGUGGACCACUGAACCUUCCAUAUCCAAGGCUAGUCUAGAGGGAAUCUAGAGGGUACCACAGUACUGUCAAUCAGGUCAGAGAAACACAACAUUCUGCUGAGCCCAAGUCAAUCAUUCAUCCAAUCAGGGCAUGUUAUAAUUAAAGCACAAGCCUGACUGGUAUGUAAAGACAGAAAUAUAACACCAAUAGCAUAUGUGUUAUUGAUUUCAAGGAGAGGUAAAACAAAUGUGUUAUCUCACGGUAAUAAUAUAAAUGAGAGUGCAGGAUGAAUCCAAAGAGGGACCUUGGUAUAGAUAGCUGCGAGCUCACCAUCUUUACGGAGACGUUGUGGUUGAUAAGAGAAGCAUGAGACCAGACAGCCUUCACUGACUGUAGCUGUCCAAAUGGACAGACAGACAGACACACAAACACACAUUCUCACUGUAAAUACAGAUGGAUUCUUCUGUACAGCGUUUGAGUUCAUAGUACGGUCGUCUUGUGCAUUCCCACACCGUACUUGCUGCCAACUUUUGUGCUUUUGUGUAUAAAAUAAUAUUUAUUGUAAUUAAAUAUCAUGAUUAUGAAUAUAAUGAUGAAAUGAGCAUAGUGUAUCUGGCUGGCUCGUAUUGACUGUUGGCAACAUUGGAAUAAACUUGUAUUCAGAUACAUAUUCGGUCUGUGUAGAGUUUCUAUACAUAUUGUGUCUGUAAAACAAGGAGAAAUACCUACAUGGUAAAAGUUUAUCCAGGCGUUCUAUUGUCAUUCUAUCGGGAGGUUUCAAAGUUGAUGAGAAAUGAUCCAUUUUUUAAAAAGAGAUUGAAAUAAGAGGAAAAAGCUAAUUGAAAAUGCAACAGAAAAAGUCUAACUCAAGUCAUUCACUGUUGUAAGUGCAAUGGGCGAAACGUCAGUUGUGUAUCCAUUGUGAAACCUUGUGUUCUAUUCAGUGUAUUCCUGUAAACAGAUAGAGUAACAUUUUGGUGCGUCAUGUAAUGUGAUUAAUGAAAAUAUUGACCCUGCAAUUUCUUUCCAAUCAGGAAAAAUAAU